AUGAGUCUCUACUAUCCGGCGGGAGGCGCCACCGCUGCGCUGGGUGUCGUUGGUCUUUAUAUGCUAUUCAACGGUGAAGGUGAACAAUUCAACGUUGGACGAUUUCUAGAGACCGUGUCUCCCUACGCCUGGGCAGAUUUAGGAAUUGGUUUAUGUAUAGGCUUAUCAGUUGUUGGUGCAGCAUGGGGCAUCUUCAUCACAGGAUCAUCCAUUCUCGGAGGUGGCGUCAAGGCGCCUCGAAUACGAACCAAGAACUUGAUCUCGAUUAUUUUCUGCGAGGUCGUCGCAAUCUACGGUGUCAUCAUGUCCAUCGUCUUCUCCUCUAAACUCUCCAUGGUACCCGAAGAAUCACUUUACACGGGGUCGAAUUACUACACUGGGUAUGCACUGUUCUGGGCUGGACUCACGGUCGGCAUGUGCAACCUCGUCUGCGGUGUCAGUGUGGGUAUCAACGGUAGCAGUGCUGCUCUUGCCGAUGCUGCGGACCCGAGCAUGUUCGUCAAGGUCCUUGUCAUUGAGAUCUUCUCCAGUGUGUUGGGUCUCUUUGGUUUGAUUAUUGGACUGCUACUCAGCAGCAAGGCCAACGAGUUCGAGUAG